CCUCUUUGUACUCUAGCCCCACCUUCUCGUGCUUGGAUCAGCGAAUCGGAUUUGAGAUCCAUAAAAAAAGCCAAAGAUGGCGUCGCUGGAACGUCGCGAGAGAAAUCGGAUGCCGAACUUCGCUUCAAAACAAACGUCGCUCCCGUUACAUUAGCGUCGGCGCUUGCUUAGUGAAAAACGCAAAAAUGGCGUCGAGUUAAAGAUUAAUGUUUUUUUCCGCCAGCCUUGGAUAAAUUACAAAAGUAGCUCUUCUAGAGCUCUUAUAUGUGAAUAUCGAUAUCUACAGUUCCCUGGUAAAGCGCCUGGUUAAUAAUGAACUCGGAUCAUCUGUAUGGAGUGACACGGACCUGCUAGCGAAUAUGCUAACCGGCUAACUAGCUAGCCAGCUAGCCUGAAGGGAAUUAGGCUGCGUGUGGAUGGAAAGCGCCGGGAGUAGAUCAGUUUAAAACGCCGAGACGGGGUAUUCGUGUUCGCCAUGUAUUUUCUGACGGGCUGGCCGCGGAGGCUGCUGUGCCCGCUGCAGAGCGCCGAGGAACCCUUCCACAUCCAGCCCAGCUCGCAGCGCUUUUACUUCGCCGUGCUGUCGGACACACAGCUCAGUAUCUGGUUCAGCAGGCCCAGCGUUCUGGUCGUGAGUUAUAUCGAAUCGGAGAAGGCAGCAGCUCAGUUUGGGUUCUAUCAGCAGGCCGAAUGGAAGCCAGACGAUUCCAUGAUAGCAGUGGCGGCUGCUAAUGGAUACGUGCUGCUGUUCGACAUUGUCGGAGGCGGAGAUGAAAAGUAUCUGUACGAGCCCAUCUAUCCGAAGGGUAGUGUGCGUGUGAAGGUUACUCCCGGGUAUAAAGAGGAACAAUGUGCUCCUGCUCUCAGUGUGGAAAUGAAGAAACCAGUUGACCUGGAGGCUCCUAUUACCAGUCUUCAGUCACUGCAGGAGGAUUUGUUGGUGUGUACGGCUGAUGGCUACCUGCACAUGUUGCACUGGGACGGAGUGUGUAACGGCCGGAGAGCUGUAAACCUCAGCACCAUUCCUUUCUCUCUGGACCUGCAGUCCUCACGCGGUGGUCCGUGUUUGGAUCUGAAUGGCGUCCACAUCAGAGAGAUGGAGUACUGUAUGACGUUAGACGGUUUUGCCGUCGUGCUCGACGACGGAAGACUCGGCUUCAUCACGCCGACCGCUAACAGGUUCUCCACCGAGCAGUUGCAGGGCGUUUGGGCAGCGGAUGUGACGGACGGCACGUGCGUAGCAGUGAACAACCAAUACAGACUGAUGGCUUUCGGCUGCGCCAGUGGCUCUGUGUUGGUCUACAUGAUCGACAACACUACAGGAUCAAUGCAGCUGUCACACAAAUUGGAGUUAAGCCCCAAACACUACCCAGAUAUCCAUAAUAAAACGGGUCCAGUUAAGCUAAUCCGUUGGUCUCCGGACUGCAGCGUCGUCAUGGUGACCUGGGCGUGUGGAGGUCUCUCUAUGUGGAGUGUGUUUGGAGCUCAUCUCGUCUGCACACUCGGAGAGGACUUCACGUAUCGAUCGGAUGGCACUAAGAAGGAGCCGCUGAAGAUCAGCUCUAUGAGCUGGGGGGCAGAGGGGUACCACCUGUGGGUGAUCGGCAGCACCGAGGCGAGCACGGAGCAGUCCCCACAGUUAAGCCAGGCCUCUAUCCUGCAAUUUCAGUUCAUCAAGAGCGCACUCACGGUCAAUCCCUGUACGAGUAAUCAGGAGCAGGUGCUUCUCCACGGUGAGGAUCGGCUCCUGAUGACGUGUGGAGACGCUACGGUUCAGAUGCACAACCAGGAGCAACACUCGGCACGGAGCGCAACCCACACACAGCUCAGCACUUUACUGGGACACAAACACUGGCACGUAGUGCAGAUUCACAGCACAUAUCUAGAAACAAACUGGCCAAUACGGUUUGCAGCCAUAGACUCAGCAGGUCAGUGCUUGGUGGUAGCGGGGAGACGUGGAUUUGCACAUUACUCGUUGUACACCAGGAAAUGGAAACUGUUUGGAAACAUCACACAGGAACAGAGUAUGACUGUGACCGGAGGUCUCACCUGGUGGAAUGACUUCGUCGUCGUUGCCUGUUACAAUUUCAUCGACCGACAAGAGGAGCUAAGAUUAUAUCUCCGCUCGUCGAACCUCGACAACGCCUUUGCAAGCGUUACAAAGCUGCACGCUGAAACUUUGCUGCUCAACGUGUUCAGAAACACAAUCAUUUUGUUUCGCACCGACUGCUCCAUCUGCCUUUAUAGCAUCGAAAUGAAGCAAGACAGCUCUUCAGUGUCUGUAGAUUUACUACAGGAAGUGUCGAUGUCACGUUAUAUUCCUCAUCCUGCACUGGUGGUUUCAGUCACACUCACUUCAGUCAGAACAGAGACGGGAAUGUCACUGAAAACCACACAGCAGGCGUGUAACGCAGAAAGUAUUUUGUUGAAUUUGGCCGGUCAGCUCAUCAUGCUGCAGAGAGAUCGGUCUUGCCCACAGGUACGAGACAAGGACGCAUCAGCCAGUCAGAAAACACUGCUGCCUUUCUCUCCGCCCGUGGUUCUGGCUCAGUGUGUGGAGAGUGUGUGGGCCUCGAGUCACUCUGGUUCUAAGAAGCGCCACCUGGUGGAGGCUCUGUGGCUGUCAUGUGGCGAGUCAGGGAUGAAGGUGUGGCUCCCUCUGUUCCCACGCCGCGAGAACCGCAAACCACACUCAUUCCUCUCGCGCCGCAUCAUGCUCUCGUUCCUCCUUGACAUCUACCCCCUCGCCGUGCUGUCGGAGGACGCGCUCGUUUUGGGCGCUGCUAACGACACUCUUCUUUACGACUCUUCUUUUUCCUCCAAAGACAGCCUCGGAGGAAAAUCCUCCUCUUUGGAGCGCGUCGGAGGAGAUUUUUCCACCAAAGAAAGCCUUUCUCGCAGGCCUUCCACCUUUUCCUUGUCCCGGGAGCCCCCGGAGUCGUUUUUUCCGUUCUGUUUGGUAGAAAGGACAUCUCAGAUCUACCUCCACCACCUCCUCCGUCAGCUGCUGGUGAGAAAUUUGGGCGAGCAGGCCUUAUUGCUGGCUCAGUCGUGCUCAUCGCUGCCUUAUUUCUCGCAUGUGCUGGAGCUGAUGGUGCACGUGGUGCUGGAGGAGGAGGCCACGUCUCGCGAGCCCAUCCCCGACCCGCUGCUGCCCACCGUGGCCAAGUUCCUGGCCGAGUUUCCCCUGUUCCUGCGCACCAUCGUGCACUGCGCCCGCAAGACCGAGUUCAACCUCUGGAACUACCUGUUUGCUGCUGUCGGGAACCCAAAAGAUCUCUUCGAGGAGUGCAUCAUGGCGCGGGAUCUGGACACGGCAGCUUCGUAUCUGAUCAUACUGCAGAACAUGGAGGCUCCGGCAGUGAGUCGUCAGCACGCUACUCUCCUCUUCAACACGGCACUCGAACAAGGAAAAUGGGAUCUCUGUCGUCACAUGAUCCGAUUCCUCAAGGCCAUUGGGUCAGGGGAGAGUGAGACUCCACCCACUACUCCAACCAGCCAGGAGCCGAGCUCUACAGGAGGAUUUGAGUUUUUUCGCCAUCGCAGUAUCAGUCUGUCUCAGUCAGCAGAAACGGCUUCUACAGGGAAAUUCAAUUUACAGAAAACCUUCAGCGUGCCUUCAGGACCCCCCACUAAAGGUAAGGAGAGCGACAGUGCUGAGAACAUGUACAUCGACAUGAUGUUAUGGCGUCACGCACGACGUUUGCUGGAACAGAUCCGGCUGAAGGAUCUCGGCUGUUUCUCGGCGCAGCUGGGCUUCGAGCUGAUUGGCUGGCUGACCCGUGAGCGCACGCGUGUUGCUCGCAUCGUCGACUUCGUCUCUGCCCUUAAAUGCCUCCAUAACGACUUCCUGUGGCCUUUCCCCGUUCUCCCUGCUGGCUCACCGCUCAAAAACGGACGCUGUCGAACAGUGUUGAGCACACGUCUGCUGAAGUCUCGGUCUAACGAUAGCUUACUGAACAGCGAUAUGGACACGGCACCGCCUCAGAUCACAACCAAUCACAACUGGUUGGAUGGACUGGGGGCGGAGCCUAAAGAGAUUGACUCGGCCUCUUCGCACGGCGCUCCACAAACACAAGAAGCUUUUCUGUCUCCUCUCAUCAAUAAAACGGAGGAGUGCAGUAUCGGCUCGGCCACAGAUCUGACCGAGACGAGCUCCAUGGUGGAUGGUGACUGGACGAUGGUGGACGAGAACUUCUCCACCCUGAGCCUCAGCCAGUCAGAGCUGGAGCACAUCUCCAUGGAGCUGGCCAAUAAGGGUCCUCACAAGUCUCAGGUGCAGCUGAGGUACUUGUUGCAUGUGUUUUUAGAGGCGGGAUGUUUGGAAUGGAGCAUUGUGAUUGGUCUGAUUCUGCGUGAUGUCGGUGUCAUUAAGCAAGUUUUGGGCUUUUUGGACGCCACGGAUACAGAAACGGUUCAGAGUGUACAAUCCGGACUCAUCGCUGUUGACCAGUGGGCUUCAUCUGAUUGUCUGGGUUACAAGCCCUUCCUGAACCUCAUUGCUCCCGAGCUGCAGAAGCUGUGCGACGUCUCGGUGGAUCAGGAUCAGCUCGACUCGUUUCAGCCGUCCAUCUCCAAGAUGGCCGACCCAGUUCUGCCCCGAGUGGAGGAGCAUCGCGGGGUCGCGACCUUUACCCACCCCAUGACUCUUGAGAUCCCCGCUGGCUCCGCCCCUCGUAUCAUGGAGGACAACCACAAGGAGGAAUCGGAGGACGAGGCGGCUGAUGAGGGUGCUUACGACUGCACGCUCUCGUGAUUCGAGAGGACGGAGAAUCAGCAGGAUCCGGCUUCCCCUCCGUCGUGUCCUAAACCAUUCUCUUAUUCACCAAGCCAUUCAGCGUCGUUAAAAGGGCACACGGUGCAUUAUGGGACGUGGACGGAAGCGCAGGCAGAAGGCAGGAACUUUGUCCGAGUGUAUUAAGGUGACUCGGGCACUACAGAGAGAACGCCGGGUGGUUUUGUGAUCAGGAGGCUCGCUUUCUUUUUCGCUACGUAGGGCUCACGUCAUCUUCCCAUGGCACAGUUCAGUAGAGGUGUUGAGAAAUGAUAACGCGGUCCACGACAUCAUACUUGAUGAGCUCACAAAGUGCCAGUGAAACAGUAGUGCGGGAUUUAAAACUCAAAAUACAAAAAUAUCUAUGGUUUUCAUGGCGUCUAUAAUAAAAUGAUUGGUUGAUGAUUGAGGUACAGGUGAGGUGGUCAGUGUUAUAAAAAAAGUACUUGCGAUGUCUAUCGGAAUUGUAUAUGGGAAGCAAGAACGAGACAUAAACAUUUAAAUGGUAAAAGCCACGGAAUUCUUAAUAACGCGUUUUGAACACCAUUGCAUUGAAAUCUAUGACUUCAAACUCAAAAGUCAUAUAUUUCAAUGCUAUGAAUUCAAUGGGUAUUUAUUUAUUUUUUUGUGUGUGUCUACAAUUCCGAUGUUGUUUAUUGCGUUAUCGAUGGUACGUGGUCUCAUCACCCAGUUAACAGAGCCGAACAGAGCAGGGAGUACUCUCGUCGUAAAUCACGCAUCCUCGCUCAUCACGUUUAUGUUCUCUCUCCCUGAAGGAGGACACAAUUUGAACAUCACCAAGAGGAAACCUCCUGUGUGGGAUGAUGUGUGGCCUACGUAGUGAAUAAGGGACAGUGUAGGACAGAAGAGACGUGGCUGUGAUCUCCAGUAGGUUUAUCGGUAUAGGUAAUGCUGCGGUUCUGUCUUUUGGUUGAAUUCACAUCCAUCCAGACUGCUGUUUGUGUGUGUGCGUGUGUGUGUGUGUGUGUGUGUGUGUGUGUGUGUGUCCUGUUCUAAUACCAGUAUUAUUGAUCUCUAUGAGAGGAGGCUGUAUUUCCAAGAUUAACUGCUCUUAAGCGACCUUUCGAUGCGGUGGGGUAGGGGGCGCUGUGUAAUAUACGAAGAAUCAAGUUCGCACAUCCACAUUAUUAGUGUAUCCAAAAUGCAAUUGUUGCUGCUAGGGCUGGGUAAAUAUCAUGUUUUGAUAAUUCACUGUACACACAGACGUCCCAACAGCUAUGGUUUAACUGUAGCUUUUAUGAUUUUUGACCCCUUGCUAUGGCAAAAGCCUGGAAAGCGGCUCUCGCAAACUCGAUUCAGCCGUCAGAAACCGUGACCGUUUAAGAGGGCGGGGUUUGUGGUGUCCGUUGUCCAGUCGGUAAAAGUACAGGCUAAAAUGUGUUUCUUUUAUGCUGAUUUUAUUAUUGUCAGGGUGUGUGUGUGUGUUCAGUUGUGCUCAGGAGAUUUGUCAUUUUGUAUUCACUCCCUAUUAUUUAAGUUUUUAUGAUAUGAUUAAUGGGGCAUGGUGGCUUAGUGGUGAUCACGUUCACCUCGCACCUCCAGGGUUGGGGGUUGGAAUCCCGCCUCUGCCCUGCAUGCAUGGAACUUGCAUGUUCUCCCUGUGCUUCAGGGGUUUCCUCCGGGUACUCCAGUUUCCUCCCCCAGUUUAAAAGCAUCAUCUGUAGGCUGAUGAUCAUUUCCAAAUUGUCCGUAGUGUGUGAAUGGGUGUGUGACCCUGCGGUGGGCUGGCCCCUGUCCAGGGUGUCCCUGCUUCGUGCCCCAAGUUCCCUGGGCUAGGCUCUAGGCUUUCUGUGACCCUGUGUAGGAUAAGCAGUACGGAAAAUCUAUAUUAUUAUUAUCAUCGUCGUUGUUAUUAGUUAGCACAGAGCCGUCUUAUCCUCCGACAUACGCUAAGGAUUUUGUCGUACAAUUCUGUUUUAUUUUUUUCUCUACACCGUAUUUAUCACAAUGCUUUAGCCAUAGUAUGACACAUUAGAUACGAAGAGAUUUACUUUUUAAUCCGCGUUUCCGCGUUUCUAAAAGAUUCUGCAACGAGGAAAAAGAUCAGUUACGUGAGCGUCUACCUGCAGGAUGUGAAAGCGCGGAUAUCCGAUGAUGAUGAUGAUGAUGAUGAUGAUGAUGAUGAUAACAUUAUAUGGAUAUGUUCCGAUAUCAAAAUCGUGUAGUCGGAUUACCCAGCCCUAUCGCGCGCACGAAUGCGAGCUAGCAGUGAUCAUACAGCGCAGAUUACACAACACUGGUCACUCGUCUUGUAAACAUGUUUUUGUUUUUCAUCCUAGCGGCAGUCCUGACAAAGCAUGCACCCUAAUUUCCAUGUUGUACUCAUUUGUUUUCCCAUCCAUCAUUAUAAAUAGGAAGAGCACAUCUGGAUUAAUUGGAUGUUUUGGGUCUAAAUAGUUGGGGGUUUUUUUUUAUUAUUAUUAUUAUUAUUAUUAUUAUUAUAUUAUUAAAAUGUGAGUAUUUCUAAUACCUCAGUUAUUCUAGUUCUCUGCAUUCAAAACAUGAUGCUUUUUUUUUUGUUGUUAAUUUCUCCCCUCUCCAGUCCUCGCUCGUCUGCUUCUUGUUGUGCUUUGAAAGCACCGAUAUGCAAAUUCCAUUGUGUGUGUGUGUGUGUGUGUGUGUGUGUGGUUUUAAAGAAUUUACAGCUUCACCUUUAUUAUAUAUUCAGUAACGCUCUCUGAAAGGAUGUGCGUACAGUUCAGUAUAUUUUCCCUCUGUCGUUGUUACUCGUUUGUGUUUUGAUGAGUGAGCUCAUUCUGUCCUGUGUUUCUUCACUACUAUAAAACGUGUCGAACGUGCAGCGUUUGCUAAAGCCGUCUCUCUAACUCGCACAGGCUGUAUGUGUAUGUCCAGUAUUAAUCCAGAUUAUUUAUCAUGUGACAACACUAGAACUGAGGGGUGUUUUUUUGUUUGUUUGUUUGUUUGUUUUUUUUACCCCCCCCCCCCCCCCCAUUUUUUCCUUCCUACACUGAGAAAGAUCUGCUGCAGUGUAUGAGCUCAGGCUUGAAUGGUCGUUAUUAUAAUUUCUUCUUCAUUUUUCUUUCACUUUUAAAUUGCAUUUGCAGGAGUUCACUGUUCAUGACUGAUGCUCCACUGGUACUUUAUAAGAGGUUGUUGGUUUUUUUUUUCGUAUUCGCACCCCGUUCAUUUAUAAAUGUAAUCCGAUUGUGUGUGUGUGAGAGAGAGAGAGAGUGAACAAAGCCACAAGGUACAUAAACACCAGUAACCUGAAGAAUACGUCAUUCGUAAUGGUUUGCUCAGUAAAACUGACCUCCUCAUCCUUUGGCGGCUGCUGAUGAGGAAAUAAAUAGUAUUAUGUAAAUCUUAAAUAAAUUAUAUGAUGGAUUGUGAGCUGAAAGGGAAACUCAUUCUAGUUGCCGUUGGACAGAUUUGAAAUCCCCGUCUUUGCCUGAGAGACGAGUUCACGGCUGUGUAGGGGUUUAAGUAACACGGAACCGCUCACUUGUACUAUAUUUUGUGACGUCAGUAUUAUUACGGCUUUGUGUGUCCGUGUGCAAUGAUCAAGCAGCAGCUCGGUUCGUCUUGGCGGCUCUUUUUGACCCUGAAUCUCGGUCAUGUUCUCCAUGUGGACCAAAUUGUUCAGUUCUCGCUGCUCCCUCAGGUCAAACGGUAGCUUGUUGUGCUGUGUGUGUGUGUGUGUGUUGCAUCUCGCUUCGUUUUUGUUUGGGGGAGGGGUUUCCCUCCCUGCAGUGUGUUAAACAUUUCCAGCAUGUGUAUUUAGUAUGUAUAUUCCGCUUUCUUGCUUCAUUUAGUCUGCUUACCAAAGAAGUGAUUUAGGCCCACAUGCAGCUUCGAGCUGAUAUGAAUAUGCAAAUUGAAUUUGGGAAUUUAUUCUCCCUCUCUCUCUCCUUUCUUUUUCUUUUUCACACUCAUGAUUUCUGUGUUUUCUCCCGCGUCUGUGGACUUGAAGGCGAAAGUGAUAUAAUAGGUGCAAUGGAGGAAUGAGCAUACACCAUAGUGACGCGUGUAUGUGUAUAUAUAUUUUAUAACGAGCAUUUCAUUUGUUCUUAAUGAACGGUACGUAUUUCACACAGGACUUCUCUGAACGGAAAACGGACUUCCUUCCUGUGUGUAAGGUUGACAUGUUGCAAUGGGGGGGGAUCUGCAGCGCUGCAUCAGGAACGUGUGUGAGAGAGGGAGUGAGUGUGUAUAUUAUAAUGACAAAACUCUUGUACAAUUCACUUUUUCUACCAAGUUUCUAGAGCUUUUCCUGUACAUAAAGAACAAUAAAUAAAUUAUUUUUAAA